AGUGAAGGGUCUGGACUGUAUACAGAAAGUAAUAUAGUAAUCUCGCUGAGAUUUACCAUGAAAUUUCUAUUUGUUUUGGUGACCUAUUUGGCAUUCGCUGGUGCAGUCGAUGAUCUGCAUCUGGAUCGGUAUAUAAGUAAAGAAAGGAGUGAUAAGCUUAAAGGCUUUCUUAAUGAGUGUCACACAACGCACAACAUCACCAAGCAACAGUUGAUAAUAAUAGUCAAUGGAAAUUUCGAAGAUGCCGAUACCACUUUAAAAUGCUUUGUAAGCUGCUAUUAUGAAAAGCUUGCCUUGUUGGAUGACCAAAAACAGCCCGAUCUGAUGCUGGAUGGAAAAAAUCCCGUUUUUGACGCUGAAUUGGUUAAGUCCUCACAGAAUAAUUGCAGUUCUAUCACGGGCUCUGACAAUUGUGAUACAGCUUUAAAGGUUUACGAAUGCUACUAUAAAAUUGCCGACAAAAUUUUCUCUUUUCAACAUGUAAAGAUUACGAAUGAUACUAUAAGUUUGGUUACAAAUUCCACUUCUUAAAAUGUGUGGAGUAUACGAAAAAUUCCAAGAAAUGUUAAAAGUGUUAUUAUAAUUUAAUAAAAACAGGGCAUUGCAAAAAUUAA